CACAACAAAAAAAGAAGAACAGGAAGUGACCUGUCAGCCCCUCCCGUCUCCUCCCUCUACUGUUGCCAUGGAGACAGUGAUGUCACCAAAGAGGCAGGACCUAGUAUGCAUCGUGUGCUUCGGUAGCUACGACCUGGCAACCAGGUUGCCACGGCGUCUACACUGUGGCCAUGCUUUCUGCCAGGCGUGUUUAAAGAGGCUAGACACGGUGAUUAAUGAACAGGUGUGGAUCCCGUGUCCUCAGUGUCGACAGAAUACACCUCGGCCACGAGGAGGAGCGGCCGGUCUGGACUUGGACUUGGCCUCCUUCCUGGGAAUGAAGGCCCAGCAGACCUCUUCGUGCUCCCUGUCCUCCUGGAGCUCUACCCACAAGGAGGGGGAGGGGCCUGCAGAUGCUGCCUGGGACGGGAAGCUGUGGCUUGGGAAGGAGGUGACAGAUGACGGCUGGUCACACGGAGGUCUGGCUGAGCCUCGGUUCCAUCGUUACGGCAACUGCUGCCUGCCGUCGUCCUAUUGGCUUUGCUGCUGGUUAUGUUGCAGGGGGCGUGGCUAAUACUGACCAAUGAGUGCUUGUUAGUGUUCGUUCGUUUCUGACUGAUGGAGUUAAAAAAUUGUAAACAUGCAAAUGUGAAGUUUCAUGGAUAAAAUAAUUAGUAACAAAUUCUAAAAAAGUAAAAUUAAUAAAGUUGCUUUAUGUUUAAUAUUGUAUUUACUAAAAUAUUUAAGUGUUAAAUAAAUAAGUGUUUUAUUAUUAGAUAACCAUGGGGUGAACACUUUUACAUACAGUAUCAAAACAGUAAUAACACUCAGUCUAAAGGUACAGUAGCAUCAUUAGAUACCUGUACAGGUGAGAAGUAAAAGUACUACAACUGGGUACAUGAGUACUUGUCCUAACCUCAGUACUUGUCCUUACAUGAGUACUUGUCCUUACAUCAGUACUUGUCCUACAUGAGUACUUGUCCUUACAUGAGUACUUGUCCUAACCUCAGUACUUGUCCUUACAUGAGUACUUGUCCUAACCUCAGUACUUGUCCUAACAUGAGUACUUGUCCUAACCUCAGUACUUGUCCUAACCUCAGUACUUGUCCUAACAUGAGUACUCUUCCUAACAUGAGUACUUGCCCUAACAUGAGUACUUACA